AUGUCGGCUGGAACUGCAGAUUCCGGGUUGCGAUUAGACAUCUUGGACGAAGUGACCCAAAAUUGUGGUUGUAUACCCAUAGUCUUCCAACUUGAUUCAAGUUCCAUAAUACCAGCCCAGGUUAUUUCAGAGGAUGACAUUGUCAACGGCUGCGUGCUGGGUCCACAUGGCUACGUCUACAGGCCACCACCCCCGUCAAAACAGCUCACGAUCGAGAUGCAGGUCUCUGUGACAGAGUGCAGAAAUUGGCGCGAGGUCUUGGCAGUGGUGGACAACCUGGGAGAUCUCUUCGACUUUCGAAACACCUCCACCGCUGUGCACCGAGUGGCCAAGUCCAGCGUGGAAGCCGGCGAGUCCAAGAUGGCCAUGGCAGAUCCGCGAUUUCCACGGCUGCUGCAGUUGCUCCGGGCAAAAUGCAAGGACCUCUCGGCAUGGGGCUUGUCGGAUGCAACGUGGGGCCUGGCCAAGAUGCAGUGCAAGGAUGAUGAGAUCUUUCGCAGGCUCUCCCUGCGCGCCCAGGGCAUUGUGCAGGACUUGGAUCCGCAGGGCCUGGCCAUCGUGGCGUGGUCUUUUGCCACCAUCGGAAGGCGAGACGAGGCGCUGCUGGCCGCCAUCGCAGUGGAAUCGCGCAAGAAGCUGGACAGCUUCGGUGUGCAGAACAUCUCCAACUUGAUCUGGGCAAACGCAACACUAGGCAUGCGCUCGGACGACCUGCAUGCGGACCUUCUGCAAGAAUCUCUCCGACGACUGGACGACUUCACCACGCAGGAGCUUGCCAUUGUGAACUGGGCCUUCACCAAGUUGGCCUAUCCCGUGGGAGACGCGUGGAAGAAUGCUGUCCGCACCCGCGUCUUGCGGCUCAAGGAGUACGCUCCUUCAGAGCUUUCCAUGAUCGCCUGGGCCCUCGCAACCCGCGGGGACUACGACCCCGACCUCAUGGCCUAUAUUGCACGGCGGUCCAUGGAGCUCAUGCGGAGCUUCACGGGCCAGAACAUGGCGACAAUCAUCUGGGCCAUCGCCACGGUGUCCUACAAGGAUGACCCCUCCAUCGACGAGUUCCUCCGCAUGGCCAUCGGUGCCAUCACCGCCAGGUCCAACGAGUUCCAGCCGCUGAACAUCGCCCUCAUCUCCUGGGGCUUGGCCAAGCUGUCCUUUAAGGCAGAGGCCGCCUUCGAGGCUCUCUGCGAUGCCGCGGCCGCACAGAUUGAUGCCUUCGUUCCGCAGAAUCUGGUGCAGGUGAUGUGGGCCUGUGGCACAGCAGGAUACAAGCACGAGGCCUUCCUCCGUGGGGCCGCGCGCGUGGCCAAACGCACUGUGGAGGACUUCUCCUCGCAACAUCAGUCCAACUUCCUGUGGGCAUGCGCAAGGCUGGGCUUCAAAGAAGACGUUCAGCUCUUGCGCUGUCUCGCUGACGCGGCGAUAAGGAAGAUGCACGAGGGCAGCCCACAGCAUUUGUCGAACAUUGCCUGGGCGGCCAGCCAGCUCGGCCCAGAGCACUUCCACGACUGCCUCACGGCCGUGGUCCGGGAGACCUCCCGCCGCAUCUCCGAGUUCGCUCCCCGGCCCAAGAGCGUCCUGCGCGGUCACGUGAUGAAGAUGGGCUCCGAGCUGUUCCAGCUCUUCACAUCUGCGCUCCCGCGCCGGCGCGGCAUCGCGUCGCCGCAGGACUGGGCCGUGGUUGGGGGCUAUGAGCACACCACCACCCUUUUUCAAGACCUUCAGCUGCGCGAGGGGCGGAGUUGGGAGGUGGCCGAAGCCAUGGCCAUGCCAGGCAUCUGGGGGGGUCCUUUUCAGGGGCUUUUUUUUCUCGUCAGUUUGGGGUUUAGGGUUUAG